AUGUCUGACGAGACGGGACUUCCCUCUGGCUGGGAGGUGCGCCACAGCAACUCCAAGAACCUCCCCUACUACUUCAACGCCGCCGAGAAGAUCUCGCGCUGGGAGCCCCCGGCGAACACGGACACGGAGAAGCUCAAAAAGUACAUGGCCGUGCACCACAGCGCGACCUCGGCGGGCGCCCCCGUCGCGAAGCCCGCCGACAAGAUCCGCGCCGCCCACCUGCUGGUCAAGCACCGGGACUCGCGCCGCCCGGCCUCGUGGCGCGAAAGCGAAAUCACCCGCUCCAAGGAUGAUGCCCGCGACAUCAUCAAGGCCCACGAGGCCCGUAUCAAGCGUGGCGACGUCAGCCUCGGUGAACUCGCCCUGACCGAGAGCGACUGCAGCAGCGCGCGCAAGAGGGGCGAUUUGGGUUACUUUGGCAAGGGCGACAUGCAGAAGGAGUUUGAGGAUGCCGCUUUUGCACUGCAGCCGGGCCAGAUGAGCGGCAUAGUCGAGACACAGAGUGGUCUGCACUUGAUUGAGAGGUGA